GUUUUUUUUGUAUGUGAGUAGAUAUGACACUGGCUACCUAACUCGGUAAUAAGUUAUUAACUCUAUAAAGUCAGCAGCGAGAUGGUGUUUUUAUAGAUGGGGUUGUGCCUUUAAGGCCGCCUGUUCAUUAGGAGUUGGUUUCAAAUGACGCCAACCUUUUAUAUUUAUCUCAAUGACCUCAUCCUCUAUGGUUGAAGUUUACUAACCAGCGAAUCUUUUUCAUCUCAUAGAUUUUUGUAGUUUUCUUCGCUUUUACUCUUCGUUAAACCGAGUUUACAACAACUUUAACUUGAUAAUAGAUGUCGAUGAUGUUAAACGGCGCUUUCUGACAGCGACUUCUCUAACGGCUGAUCAACUCUUCAAUAUAAAUGGAGGAGUGAGGUUCAUGAUGAUGUAAUCGUCAGCCAGACCACGAGAAAAGCUCUCUUUUGUUCCGCUCCUGCAAUGGUGUGAAAGAGACCGCCCUUCCCCCUCCCCAUACACACACACACACACACACACACACACACAGACAUGAACACACGUACACACAAACAGAGGCACAAGAAAGAUAGUGGGGGUUUAGGUUUUUAGUCCUUCAGGGCCAGAGAGAGGCUUCUCUCGCUCUGUCUCUCUGUCUCUGUCUCUGUCUCUAUCUCUCUGUCGCUCUCGCUCUCGCUCUCGCUCUCUCUCUCUCUCGCCUGGGCUGUGCUGCUAAGCUCCAUCAGGAUGACAUCAUACUCAGCCUACACAAUGGGUCUGUUCAUCUCCUGAGGGCUGCGUCGCGCAACUGGACCGCUAGCCACCCACCCGCCUAAGGGGAAGAGGAGGAGGGGCUGUGAGAAAGGGAUAAAGAAGGGGUCGUCAUGUCGGAACGUCCCGUGGGAGUGGGAGCCUGCACUGGAGCUGAGACUGGGGGGUUUGGGAUUGGACCUGGGGUGGGGAAUGAACCCCAAGCUGGUACUGGAGGGAUUGGACCUGGGGUGGGGAAUGGACCCCGAGCUGGUACUGGAGGGACUGGGAUUGGACCUGGGGUGGGGAAUGGACCCCGAGCUGGGACUGGAGUCAAAGGUUCAGGGCCUGUAUCAGGCCCGGCAUCCGGGACCAGGCAGGGCUCGGUGCGUCCCAUCGGGGCUGAGGGGCUGGUCGCCCUGCUGGAGGGGGGUCUGGACAGCGUGUUGUUGAUUGACAGCCGGCCCUUCGUAGAAUAUAACUCCUCCCACAUCCUGGAGGCGGUCAAUGUGAACUGUUCAAAACUGAUGAAGAGACGGCUGCAACAGGACAAGGUCCAGAUCAACGAACUGCUGCAACACUCCGCUAAGAAGAAGGAGUCUAGGAGAGACAGGGAGUUUCACACGCAGAGCCAGGAGGAGAUCUGA